AAACCAUCAGAGAGCCGGAGGGGAGGAGAAUGGAGUGACCGAGAAAUACGGAGGGUGGGGGGUGGGGGGGGAAAUUGUUGAGGGAGGGGGGGGGAGGGGGGAAAACAGAGGGAGGAAGAAGCCGCGGCUCUUCUUUAUUGAGGAGAAAAACUCAAAGGGAUAAAAAGGAAUCAUGCGGUAGGCAAAGAAGGCUUCCCAUUCUCAGCAGCACCUUUAGAAAUUGACAUCCCACUGCCGAACUGCUACCUUGCAAAGACUGCUACUGUCAAUGGAGCUGGAAAACAUUGUUGCCAACACUGUCUUGCUAAAAGCCAGAGAAGGGGGUGGAGGAAAGCGUAAAGGCAAAAGCAAAAAGUGGAAGGAAAUCUUGAAGUUCCCUCACAUUAGCCAGUGUGAAGAUCUCCGGAAGAUGAUAGACAGAGAUUACUGUAGUCUGUGCGACAAGCAGCCAAUUGGAAGACUUCUUUUCCGACAGUUCUGUGAAACCCGGCAUGAGCUGGAGUGCUGUAUUAGGUUCCUUGACUCCGUGGCAGAGUAUGAAAUUACACCAGAUGAAAAACUGGGAGAGAAAGGGAAGGAAAUCGUGAUGAAAUACCUCACCCCAAAGUCCCCAGCAUAUGUCACUGAAGUCAGCCAAGACCUGAUCCACCAAACAGAGGAGAAACUUGAACUGAGACCCUGCAAAGAACUCUUUUCGCACUGUGCAAAAUCUGUCCUUGACUACCUAAGUGGAGAACCAUUUCAAGAAUACCUGGAGAGCAUGUAUUUUGACAGAUUUCUCCAGUGGAAGUGGUUGGAAAGACAACCAGUGACCAAAAACACUUUCAGGCAAUAUCGAGUGCUAGGCAAAGGAGGCUUCGGUGAGGUCUGUGCUUGUCAGGUGCGGGCUACAGGUAAAAUGUAUGCCUGUAAGCGGCUGGAGAAGAAGAGGAUAAAGAAGAGGAAAGGAGAAUCCAUGGCUCUCAAUGAGAAGCAGAUUUUAGAAAAAGUCAACAGUCAAUUUGUUGUCAAUUUAGCCUAUGCCUAUGAAACAAAGGAUGCAUUGUGCUUAGUUCUGACCAUCAUGAAUGGGGGUGACCUGAAGUUUCACAUCUACAACAUGGGAAACCCAGGCUUCGAGGAGGAGAGAGCCUUGUUUUAUGCAGCAGAGAUCCUUUGUGGCUUGGAAGACCUUCACAGGGAAAAUACUGUAUACAGAGAUUUGAAACCAGAAAAUAUCCUGUUAGACGAUUACGGACACAUCAGAAUAUCUGAUCUGGGUCUAGCUGUGAAGAUUCCUGAAGGAGACUUGAUCCGGGGCAGGGUAGGAACAGUAGGAUAUAUGGCCCCAGAGGUCCUGAACAACCAGAGGUAUGGUCUGAGUCCGGACUACUGGGGCCUGGGCUGCCUCAUUUUUGAGAUGAUUGCUGGACAGUCACCCUUCAGAGGGAGGAAAGAGAAAGUGAAGCGUGAAGAGGUGGACAGGAGAGUCCUAGAGACCGAAGAGGUGUACUCUCACAAAUUCUCCGACGAAGCCAAGUCCAUUUGUAAAAUGCUACUAGCCAAAGAUGCAAAGCAAAGACUGGGCUGUCGAGAGGAGGGGGCUAUGGAAGUGAAGAGACACCCAUUUUUCAGAAACAUGAAUUUCAAGCGAUUGGAAGCAGGAAUGUUGGAUCCUCCCUUUGUACCGGAUCCUCGGGCUGUGUACUGUAAAGAUGUGUUGGAUAUCGAGCAAUUCUCCACAGUAAAAGGUGUCAACCUGGACCACACAGACGAUGAUUUCUAUUCCAAGUUCUCCACAGGAUCCGUAUCAAUUCCAUGGCAAAAUGAGAUGAUUGAAACUGAAUGUUUCAAGGAGUUGAACGUGUUUGGACCAAACGGUACUCUUUCACCCGACCUGAAUCGGAGCUACCCUCCUGAACCGCCAAAGAAAGGGCUGUUACAUCGAAUAUUCAAGCGUCAGCAUCAGAACAACUCCAAGAGUACUUCUAAUUCCAAGGCAAAUUUUAAUCACCACAUCAACUCCAACCAUGUACGUUCAAACUCUACUGGAAGCAGCUAGUUUCAACUCAAAUCUGGGAGCUGCAAAUGGGGCCAAGCCCUAGUCCUUCCACUUUAGAAACAGAGAUCCUGCCAACAAGAGCCUCCACCAUAGCUGAGUUAGGCCAAUGCUUCCACCCCUCCAAAAGCCAGAGAGGGGCCCUGUCCAAACCUCGGAAGUGGAGCCUCCAAUUUUCCUGAAAAAAUUCCCACUCAGGUCUGUUUUUCUGGAGGGGCCCUUGGACAGCUGGUGUGAUGGCACUGGGUCUCUGUAGAACAUUGCAAUAGAAAUCCAACUGAUAAGACGACUUGCACGUAUUUAAAUAGCAUCAUACCUAGAACUGAAUUUUGUCCUUAUUAUUUUUAAAGAAAAGUUUUGUAAAUUUCUCUAUUGUCUCAGUUUACAUUUUGUAUAUUUGUAUUUAAAUGAAAGUCAGACUUUGAGGGUGUAUAUUUUCUGUGCAGCAGCCAUUGUAAAGCCAUGUGUUUUAAGACAUUGAGGGGAAGGGGAGGGCGGGGGGGGGGGGAUUUUAAAAAUGUGACUCAAGACUUCCAGAGCCUCAAUUGAAAAUUUGUUGUUUUUAUUAACUUUAGAGAAUUACUCCAAUUUCACAUUAGCUAAUGGGUUAUAUUUCCAUACACACAUUUGAUGGCACAAUUUAUUCCUAACUAACUUACAUUUGUUUGUAUAUUUGAUUUAUAGCAACACUGCAUACAAUCUGUUAGUUUGUAACGUCUUGUAUUAAAUGCUUAAAAAAAAAAGGGCACACUUGUGACUUAACCCCAUUUGAGAAUUUCCUCCAUGUCGAGGCUAGGACCUGCUGGCACCAUUCAGAUUAGUGCCAGGUUUUUGUUUUGUUUUUUUCCAUAGAUCAUCAAAUAUUCGUGGUGGGAUUCAGGGUCCUGUUUUCCAUUCUCUAUCCCCUUCUCACAUUAGAAAUAGUUACCAGGGAGAGGAAGCAUCGUAAGGGCCUGGAAGACUUUGGGACAAUGGUCCCUGGGCAGAGAAUAUUGACUUUUGUACAGAAUGUGUCCUGACUCCUUGAUUGCAUUUAUUUCCUUGCAGUUUGGGUUUGAUUUUUUUAAAGGGAAAUGUAAGAAUGAUAAGGAUUGAAGGAAAUUCCAAGUGUCUUAAAACUCUUAUAAAUAAAAAGAAGCCUAGAUAUAGGAGAAGUCUGUAUCUUCCCUAACAUUUGGUUGAGAAAUUUAAAGACAAAAAGGAAGCUUUCCUGAAACUUUUCAGUGCCUCUGUAUGUAACAGGGUUUUCUCAAGUGGUGUCCUAAAGAGAAGGAAUAUAAUAGUCUAGAAUAAAAAAAAUAUCAAACUAGACCUUUCAUAUAAAUUCCUCCUGGUUACUAGUGACUAAAAGGGUCUCUAGUUAGAGGGUCCAGAAGAUGGGGAUGCAGGUAAAUAGGCAAAGAUCAGGCAGAAGUUGACUUCCCUGGUUCCUCUGGGCCAAAAUUAACUGGCUCAUGGAGAGCACGAGUGGCCAAAAUGGAAGCAUGGCAUUUGAGAGGCCAAACAAAGGCAGUUCUGACAGGAAAAUAAGUAAAGGUGCCAGCCAUUCUCUGUAAGGAUGUCUUUCAGCUUUUUAAGGUCAGACCAUAGGUUUGAAAGAAAUAAAGGCCUUCCAAGAAUCUGAAAAUGUAAGUUAGGAAUGUAGGGGGGUAAGCCCAGAUAGGAUCCACAGACCCAGAUCAUGUAAAAGUCCUCUGGAGAUAGUUCCUGGGUCAGAGGAUUGAAGGAUAAAAACAUACAAUUGUAAGAAACUUCAGAGGUCACCCAGACCCACUCACACACUUCAUAGAUGAGAAAUUCAAGGUCCAGAGAUGUUAAGUAACUUGUUCAGGGUCAUAUUUCCUUAUAGGGGAAGCAGAUAUUUCCAUGUAAAGAGUUUCAUCCUUAACACUGGGUUCCCAUCUCUCUUCCAAUGAGGACACAUUGAACAAAUUAUCCUCCUCUCAUACUAGCACCCCAAGGUCUCCCAACUAAGAAAAGUAAUCAAUGGAUUGGCCUGGAUCUCCUCAAGCCGUGCCAGGCACUUGCUGCCACCAUUUUCCAUGGUCUUCUGUAUUUCUGGGCUGUGGUUUAGUGGAUUGACAAUGUCUGGGGAGAAGAACAUUCGCAGCUUACUUUCUUUGAGUGAAUCAAAUAAUAGUGGAGUGAAUUUUUAGAGAGAAGCAUCUUGUGAGAAUUAAAUCCACAACCUAAUUUCAUAAUCAUAGAAUGUUUGAAUUAGAAGAGAUUAUAGCUAUUAUCUAGUUCAACUCUUUCAUUUUAUAUGUGGGGAAACUGAGGUCUGGAGAGGAAAAGGUACUUUCCUUGAAUCUAGCAAAUGGUAGAACCUCACCCUUAGAUGCCAAGCUCUGGUACUGUGCCUUUUGGGAAGUAUACAUAUGCUAGAAAUGGAGAUAGAAAAUUGAGAUGUAUAAAUUUGAGGUGGUUUUACAAUAAAAUAGAUGGAUGGAAACAUUUUAAUUUCCCUCAGAUGCCUUUAAUCUACAGUAUUAAUUUCUGAGUCCAAAUAUCUCCUGGACCUGAUUCUGGGCUAAUUGGCCAUCCAAUUUCCUUGGGUCAUGUUGGAGGUAGAUACUACCAUCUAUAUUUGGCAUUUUGCCAAGGAAAUGGAAAUACCAUUGCAUAACAGUAUUAAGUCCCAUAACUUCUUGCUGGUCUUCCUUCUUUAAGGCAGAAGAGAAGAUUGUUCUGUAGAAGCCAUUAGCCUAAAGGACCAUGUAGCCAUUCUGACAUUAAGAAUUCCUCUCUACCCAAUCUACUGGGACUCAAAAGUCUUAUCUGUGGAUUAUCAUUGGGAGAAAAUGUUCAUGCCACAAAGAGAAUAUAGUAGUUGUUUUCAAUGUCAAAACUCCACACACUGAUUUUAAAUCCCCCGGGGAACAUUCAAGGCUCCCAUUGUUUUUCUUUUGGUUUUUAUGGUCCUUGGGUCACUUGCACUAUAGCAAAACACGGGUCUCAACAUUGAUUCCUAGAGAGACUUGAAGCUAUUGCUCUCUUGUUAUAACUGCUAUUGAUGAUCACAAGAGUUGCAGCUGAACUCACUUUGCUGCUAAGAUUCCUGAAUCAUUUGAGCCAAAAGGUCAGUGCCCAGCUGUUACAAGAGAGCACCUCAUUAAAGUAAUGUCCAAGGGACUGUCCUUUCAUUUCACUAACUUCAGAAAGUCCCUCCCCUACAAGCUUCAUCUUCUACAUCUAUUUUAAGACCCCCAAAAGUGGUUAUCUGUCCAGAUAUUUUUGGAUGAUCUGAGGUUUUUAAAAAAGCCAAAUCAUUUGAGCUCGACGAGGAAGAAUUCCUCUUUUUAAGGAUGAUGUUUUGUGCACAAUUAGUCAAUAGACAUAGUGCCUUUUAGGUGAGACCCAAGGAGUGGGCCCCAAGUUAUACAGAAACUUUCUUCACUUUGUCUGCUCCUGCCUUCAGUGAGACAGUGGCUGUCCCUGAAAUUAUCAUCAUCAUGACCCAUUAUUGAGUUUCUUCACUGGGCCUGGGGAUCCCUCAAGAUACUGAAGUCACCCACCUCCCACACCACAUAUCCUAGGAGGCAGUUCCCCAAAUAGACAGGAACACUCUUUCUUUUUUGUCAACGUUAAAAGAAAAAUACUGAGGCAGGAAGAGAAGGGAAUAAGCAUAUUAAACACUUCUUAUGUGCCGGACACUGUGCUAAGUACUUUACAAUAUUAUCUCAUUUGAUAAUUGGAGCUGCAAAACUUUGCACAGAUUUCCACAAAUACUCCCUUGAUUCCAUGCCAUCCUCUACUGCAUUUUGAGUAGCAACAAGAAGAUGCAACUUUUCUAAGUUGUUUUGCUCUUUGCUAAUGGGAAUAUAGUCAUUCCUGGUUUGGGGGUGGGGUUGGGUGGUAUGGUGCUGCUUACACUAGAGCAACACCUUACAGGGUAAUAAUGCAGGGACAGAUUUUGCCUCAGGUUCUGGGUGCAUGCAAAUGAAUAACUCCACUGGCUUCAGUGGGUGCUGCUUGGGAACAGAGUUUGACCUCAGGUCCUUAAAAUUUCAUUUGGAAUCCCAAGCAUCUUGAGUGCCUCCCCUCUGAAGACAAGGCAGCCUUUUAGGAGACCAGAAGUUCCUAUACCUUGCUUAAGUGAUUAUCAAGAAAUAUCCACAGUGUUGAAGUUCUUCCUCUAUCCCCAACCCCCUCUUUUUCUGAAGAAGAACCCUCUUUUUCACAUUUCUAAAUCUUUUCCUUUGCCACAUGUUGGUCAUAUGAUCCAUCCAUGCCAGAACCCUUCUAGAACAUGACCAAACCAACAGUGAACCACACUUCUUAGGCAUAUCAGCCUUGGGUUGGGGCCAUGCCAAUCUCCCUUGGCAAGCAGAACAGAAGAAUCAAGAUCUUGGUGUCCCCAGAUUAUAGGAGGAACAUCUUGUCUCUUGGCAAGGUGGCCCCCAAGAAAUCUUCACUAACUAAUGAUAAACACAUAAUAUAUCCUGUCCAGGUAAUUUUUGUACUUACAUCUCCCUCCUUACUUCAUGGCUUCUUGGUAGCUUCAGAAAUCAAAUGAGCAACUGAAUGUGUUCUCCUUGAAUUUGUUUUCAAACUGAUUCACACUGGUGUGACUUAACAUUUUGACCUUUGCUUGGGAAGAUGAAGAUGAAGAAUGUACAAAUUUAUUUGUGCAAAAUUCAUAUCAUGUAAUUAGGUCAUGAAUGAUGGUCUGUUUUCUUCCACAAGCUUCUCUCACUUGGACAGAUAAGCUUUCUUUACCUGCUUAAACAGACAGUCAGCCCACCCCAUUUAAAUACCAACAUUGCAGAUUCACACUCAUACCCAAGGAAAUAAUUCCAGUUUAAUUUUCAAAACCUGUUUUACUGUGGUCAAGAUGUGUACAUAUUUGGAAAUGUUGUGCUUUCUCCAAGAGGGAAAGGGCUUUUCCAAAGGAUUUAAAUGUGACUAUUAUGAGUCAGAAAAUCAUUUUUGUAAGCACUCCAAAACAAAUGUUCUUGGUUGGAACAGUUCAUGGUUUUUGGUCUUGUUUUAAUAAUAGUGAUAAUAAUAAUAAUAACAACAAUCAUCAUUCCAGCAUCUUAAAAUUUCUCUCUCUGUGUCUGUCUGUCUCUUUCUCUUUAAUUUUCCCUGGAAGGUUUUCACACUGUCUGAUAAAACUAGCUUUGUUUCUUUCUUUUUUUUUUUUUUGGAGAUAGUGGUUUUUAUGUUCCCUGGCUGCCCUAAUUCUCUGUACAUUGUCUAAUAAUGUCACAGUGCUGCUGUAUCUAGAUCAAACCACUGUUUUGUUUUGUUUUGUUUUUUUAGAAAAUAAAUUCCUUAAUUUAAAAAGA